AUGCGAAUGGCCAACGAAGUCAUUCAAGGACCAGUUGUACCCGGAUGCGGUGUGAUGUUGCGAUUGCUGAAAGCCAAAAAUCAGCAGCAAGCAGACCGCUCCAUUGUUCCCACGCGCUUCCAAUGGUUUCAACAGCUGUGUCUAAUUCUCGGUGUGCCGCAAAAGUCGGGCAGCCACAGGCCCCAGCCUUUGGAGAGGACUCCCUUGGCCUUGGAAGCCUGGGAGCAGCUCUCAGGCAGUGACGAGGGUGGCCGCGUGUCUGUAGUUUUGGCAUUGUGUGGAGACCAAACCUGGAGGGCCUGGAGGGUGGAAGCGGCCUCGUCUGUGUUGGGCAUGAUCCAAGAGGAGAACGUGGUCUUUGUGAUUGAUGUCUCUGGAUCCAUGCAGGUUUACCUUGAGGAUGUGAAGUCCGCGGUGAACCUGGCUCUGGUGCAGCAGUUUCAUCAGAUGCAGCGGCACUUCAACUUGGUGACCUUCACCGAGGGACAGAUCGAGUUUCGCGACGACUUGGUUCCAGCGACUCCGAGAAAUCUCGAGGACGCUAUGCGCUUUUGCCAGCAUACGCAGGCAGGUGGCGGAAGUAAUUUGGCAGCUGCAGUCCGCAACGCCUUCAGAUUCAAAAAGGCUGAAGCCAUUUUGGUGAUCACGGAUGGCAAGACCGAGGUUUCUGAAGACCUGCUCACACAAGUCAAGGUUCAUUACCUUGGCCAUCCGCGACGAGCAAAGGUUCAUACGGUUGGCAUCAACUGCGUGCCCGGAAGGAUCAAGCAGAGGGCGCUGCAGAGCUUAGCCCACUUGACACAGGGCUCCUUCAGAUCUGUCUGCUUGGAGCAGGACACCUUCGUGCCAGUGGCCGCAGGUCAAAAGGUGAAAGGCAUUGACCUCUUGGACCAGCAAUACGUGACCACCGACGAGGACACCAUUACGGACGCUGUGCUGGAGGAUCCCUAUUCGGAAGAUGACCGGCUGCAGCGCUGA